AUGGGCUGGCUCACCUGCUGCAAGCUGUGCAGGGGUCGCCGCGUCGUGCUGCGGGUGGCAGCCGAGGCGCGGCCCGGCACCGGCACCGGCACUGAGGCAGACCUGCGCAGCCUGUUGAUGCGGCUGCGGGAAGACGAUGUGGAGUACUUUGACCUCAAGACGCUGUGCAAGGAUUGGCAGCUGGGGGGCCGCGACAGCAAGGAGAACCUGCGUGCCAAGCUGCUGCGCCGCGUGCGCCAGGAGCUGGGCCUGCCCAUUUUUGGCCCCGACAACGUGCCGCCCUCCACCAUGCGCCUGCCCCAGGCCAUGAGCCAGCAGGAGCUGCUCCAACUCUUCGAGACGCGGGGCUGCAUGAUGCCCGCCAACCAGGCCCAGGCGCUCAUCAUGGCCAAUGCCCUGCUGGUUGCUGACGGCCUUCUGGACCCCGACCAGGUUGUGUGGCCCGAGGCAGUUGGCCCCUGGAGCAGCAUGACUGUGGUGCAGCUCAAGGCGGCCUGCACCAGCCGCGGCCUGCCCACCAAAGGGCUGCGGGAGGAUCUGAUCAGCCGGCUGGAGGAGCAGGAUGUGGCACUGGCGGCUGGCGCGGUGGCUGCCGCUGCCGCAGAGGCAGCCGAGGCCGCGCCGCCCUCCACCGCCAACAACGCGCAGCUGCAGGCGGCCCAGGACCUGUUUGCCUCCAUGCACCACAUGGAGGUGGCCCAGCUGCGUGAGGAGGUCCAGCGCCGUGGGCUCAAGACCCAGGGCACCAAGCAGGUGCUGCUCGCCAAGCUGAGCGAGGCGCUGGAGCGUGAGGUGGCGGCGGCGCUGGGCGGCGAGCAGCGGCUGGCGCAGUGGGCGGCCAACGCGGUGGGGCGGCUGGGCGAGCAGGAGGUGGUGGCGGAGCUGUCGGUGCGCGGCGUCAGGGCGGAUCAGUACCCGACGCCCGAGGCUGCUGCGGCGGCGCUGCAGGCGGUCAUGCAUCGAGACUGGGUGGCCGAGGCGCUGCACGGCGGCCAGCAGCAGGCGCAGGCAGGCCCAGACGAGGACGGCGAGUGGGCUGCAGGCGGCGUCGAUGGUGACGCAUACGGCGAGGGCGGCGAGGGCGGCGAUGGGGCGGGCAUGGGCGGCGGCGGCGGCGGCGACCUGUAUGGCGGCCCGUAUGGGGGGGUGGAGGCGGCCCGGGCUUGGGUGUGGGGCCGCGCUGGGGACCCCACGCUGGCGCUGUCCCUGCUGGUGGGCGGCCACACGCACGUGCAGCGCGACGCAGCGCUGGCUGCGGCACGCCUGGCGGCGCAGCUCCUGCAGUCAGACCGCAGCCAUGGCCUGCUUCCGCGGCAGCAGCUGGAGCUGGGGGCAGGUGGCGAGCGGGAAGGCAUUGCCGUGAGUGUUCACUAUGCCACCGCCGGCACCCUCUUUCCACUUACCUGGGAGCAGCUGCACAGCUGCUCGGCCACAGAGCUGGACACGCGUCUGGCCCUGCAGCCCGACAGCGCCACAUCAGCAGCUGACCUGGCGGCCAGUGCCGACGUGGUGCUGCCGCUGGGCUUGCCCCCCAGCAGCGCUUCACUAAUGGCUGCAGCAGCCGGCAAGGUGGCGGGCAGCGUCGCUGACGAGGCGGUAGCAGCUUUGGCGGCAGACCGCCUGGCAUUUGCAGGCGCAGCAGCACAGCUGGGCUUCCCCGCUGCGCCGGCGCUGCGGCUGCAGCUGGCAGACUUUGCAGAUGCGGCAGAGGCCGAGGCACUGGCCGACAUGGCAGUUUACGCCCGCCUGGAGGCAUUUGCUGCGGAGCACCUUGCCCCAGAUGCCCUCCCCCGCCUGGCCGUCCGCAUAGAGGCAAGUUGGCAGUUUGGCGGCAGCGUGCUGGGCGGAUGCCUGGCGACCGGGGCCCGCGAUGCACUGGUGGCUAGCUUGGUGCUGAUGCAGGAGCACGGCGUGAGCGAGGUGGUGGUGGAGGCGGUGCAGCCGGGAGCCCACCACUUCACCUGUAGCGUGCUGGCCACAGACCAGGGUGCGGUCGCGCUGCCGCCCACCGAGCUCAGCUACUGGGAUGUGGAGGAUGACAUCGCCGAGUGUGAGCUGCGCAUGGAGCGGUGGCUGGCGGCGCGUGAGGGCCUGGACCCUGAGGGCGUUGAGGCGCUGCUGGAGCUGCUGCGCCAGGAGCAGCGCUCGCACCCCGGCUACCUGGGCGGGGUUGGCAGCCCCAGCCAGCAGCUGCGCCAGUCGACCCCGCCGGCGGCGCUUUCGGCGGAGGCCACGCAGGCGGUGCGCCAGGCCUCGGCCAAGCUGUUCCAGGGGCUGGGCCUGCGCGACUAUGCCCAGUUCAGUGGCUGGGUGCUGCCGCCGCGGCAGCCAGAGCUGGAGCAGGCCCUGAAUGAGGCAGCGGCGCUGGAGGCGGAGCAGCAGAAGCAGCAGCAGCAGCAGCAGCAGCAGCAGGAUGCGGAGGAGCAGCAGCAGGAGCAGGAGGAGCAGCAGAAAACACGAGGCAGGAGCUUUGCGGAGCUGCAGGCGAUAGACGAGGCGGUGCGGGCGGAGGCGGAGGCCGCGAGGGCGGCCAGCGGCUUUGGCGGCGCCGACGACCGCGCCACCGACCGCGCCGGUGCCGCCGACACCAGUGCCGCGAGCGGUUUCCUGGGCGCUGACCUGGCGGUGGCACAGGGCGAGGCGGCGGCUGCGGCUGACUACGGUGUGUUUAGCGGCAUUGUCAUUGACGACUCCUACCGUCCCACCUGCGACCAGAUCCUGGAGCUGGGGCCCUUUGGCCGCCCCAUCCCCACGGAGCAGCCGCAGCCGGUGGUGGAGGCCCUGGAAGACCUGUCGGCCGCCUCGCCGCAGCAGCUGUGCCAGCUGGGCAGCGGGCACAGCGUGGCCUUUGCCACAAUCAGCUUAGCGCCCGACCUGGGCACCCCCACCAGCGUGCUGUGCCAGCAGGCGGCGGCGGUGGGCCUGAGCCACGAAGCUCUGCUGCGCCACCUGGUGUCUGCUGCCUCGGUGCGCGCAGGCGGGCUGCCGCUGCCGCCCCUCCCAGAGGUGGCUGCGGCAAAGGAGCAGCAAGCGGCAGAGGGGGAGGCCGAUGCAGCAGAGGCAGCACGAGACGCGGCAGCAGGCGAAGCGGGCGAGGGGCAGGAGGGCGCGGAGGCAGGUCGUGACUGGGGCCUUUUGGGACGGCUGGCAGUCCUUGACGAGGCUGCAGUACAGCAGUACAUUGACAGCGAGUUCAUGUUCAGCAACUGGCUGCCACCAGAGGAGGCGACGGCGGCGGCGGCAGAGCAGGCGACAGAGGACGGUGCUGCGGAAGCAGAGGGCGCCGAUGCAGCGGCAGCAGGCGGGGAGGAGGCAGGGGCGGCGGGCGCCUUUGAAUUCAUAGACGCCACGGACGAACCUUUGCUGGACCCCGUGGCUCAGCUUGAGGCGGAGCCUUCCGUGGGGGCGCCCUACAGCCCCGGGUAUGAUGAGAUCAGGGAGGGGGCCGCCCACAUGGGCGUGGGCGACCCCUUGGCGGACUGGACCGCGUCGGCGGCGGCGCAGCAGCAGCAGGACGGCGGCCUAGAGCACAUGCACCCCACCAAGCAGCGCGUGUGGGUGCUGCUGGGUGGCGACGGUGCGCGGCGCACGCAGUCGCUGCAGGCAGGCCUGCACGCCUACCUCAGCCUGCGCAACGACCCCGAGCUGCUGGUGGAGGCGUUCAUGCUGGAGCCCAGCGCCGCUGGCACCAGCGAGAUGGAGCGGCGGCGGGUGUUGCUGGACAGGCGGCUGGAGCUGCAGCAGCUAGGGCUGGAGGAUGAGGAGAUCCUGCAGGAGUAUGAACAUCUUGACCUGUCCCGCAUCCGUCACCCUUCCCCUGCCCGAUUUGCGCUGGAAAACCACGGCGUCUGGCGGCUGUCGGACAGUGGGCUGGUGCGGGGCGAGGUGGAGGACCUGCAGGUUGGGUGUGAGGAGGCGCUGGCCACAGCCAACUCCUCGCUGGCCACGCUGGAGGACCGGGGUGGCGACAUUGCGGGCGCGCAGCUCAGCGUGGCGCGGCAGGAGCUGGCGCUGCUGGGCGUGAGCCUGGAUGGCUCCGCCUGGGGCGGCGCGUCGGCGGACAAGCUGGACCCCGCUCAGUACAUGUGGCUGCGCGACUUUGCGGCCCAGGCGCAGGAGGUCGGCGCGGUGGUGCUGCUGGCGCUGGCGGGGCAGCCUGCGGCGCACGGCCCGCUGCAGCGGCUGCUGGAGGAGGCGGGCGUGCCGUACACGGGCAGCGGGCACCUGGCUGCAGAGACGUGCGCCGACAAGGCCAUGCUCAUUGAGCAGCUGAUCGACCUGUCCACCAGCGGCAUCUCCACCGCCCCGCAGCAGAAGAUUAGCCUGCCGGAGCUCUCAGCGCAGUGCGUCGACGAGGCCACCGCGGACCGGCUGUUUGAGCAGCUGCGCAGCUCUCUUGGCGCCGGGCCGGUGUCACUCUGCAUCAAGCCCGCCCACGCCUGCAAUGGGCUGGGCGUGAUGCGGGCAACCGGCGGCCGCGACCUCAUGGCCUAUGCACAGGCGGUGGAGGCAUGGGUGGAUGUGAUGCCUGGCGAGGUGCUGGGCGGCAGCCCUGACGUGGUCAUGCCCGUGCCGCCGCCCUCCCAAUUCGUGGUGGAGCCGUGGAUUGUGACGGAGCCGGUGCGGGUGCUGCGCUCCGCUGAUGGUGGCAUCGUGCCCCCGGAGGGCCAGGCCUACCCUGAUGCGGCCCCCGAGGACGGCCUGGCCCAGGCCCUGCACUGGCCCGCCGCUAGCAGCAACGAGUGGCUGGCGGUGUCGGCAGUGCUGCUAGGCGAGGCCGGGCGCAUGCGCUGCCUGGGCCCCAGCGUGCGCGUGCUGCAGCUGCGGGAGGCAGUUGCGGGGCCAGGCAGUGCAGCAGACGUGCUGCAGCGGGUGCAGCAGCUAGCACUGGUGGAGGAGGCAGCUGAGGCGGAGGAUGAGGAUGAGGCAGAUGCUCUGAUGGCUGCGGCUGCGGAGCUGGGCACAGGGCAUGACGAGGCCGAGCCGCUGCGCCUGCUGACUGGAGCCUUUGACCUGACGCCGCCGCCACCCACGCUGGCACUCCCUACCGCCGUGGCCAGCGCGCGUUUGCGGCUGGAGAUGGUGGCUGACCGGCUGGGGUUGAGCGGCGCGGCAGAGGUGGCUGGGUACAUGCAGGUGGAGACGGGUGAGGUGGUGGUCAGCGACGUGUCCACCACCCCGGACCUCAGCCCUGGCGCCCUCAUAUUCCGCCAGGCGGCCGCUGCUGACGCGCCCCUGUCGCCAGCCGAGGUGCUGCAAGAGCUCAUCCGCGUGGGCCUCACGCAGCCGCUGGAUGAGCGCGACGACCUACAGGCGCUGGGCUACCCGGAGCUGGGCGAGGAGGCGGCAGACUACGACUACCCUCGCGAUGCCAGCUACUCGGCCUACUCGGGCGCAUUGUCUGACGUUCCAGAGGGCAGCAGCGGACAGUACGGCGCUGCGCAGCAAUGGUGA